CUGCCGGAGGUCCUCGCCGCUGCACUGCAGGCACGCCGGCGCGCCACCGUGGUGGGCCUCAAGACGCCCGGCAACGUGGAGAGCUUCGUCGAUUUCGUCCUCCCUGACGGCUCCCGGCUGACCAUCAUGACCAGCGCCUACCUGUCACCUGCCGGCCUUGAGGUCGGCAUAGACGGCGUGCGUCCGGACGUGCCGGCAUCGCUGGACUGGGACCAAGUCUCGGAACGGACCGAUCCGGUUCGCAACACGGCGGUUUCCGUGCUGCGGCGCGGAAAGGUGUGCUCGGGUGGAGGCGGCGUGCGCCAACAGCAGAUCACCCGCCGACGCCCCCCCCCCCCCGGCCAGUCGCAGAACGCCACGCGCAUCUAUCAGACCCCGAUCUGGUCACCGGACGGCUCCCGGGUGGCGUUCGUGGGGAUCGACUCCUUCCAGGGCCGGACCUCCGGUCGGGUGCUCACCGCCCGCGCGGACGGCACCGAUGCGCAGGCCAUCUCCACCGGCGGACGGCUGCCGGCCAAUCUCUACUGGUCGCCGGACAGCCGCAAAAUCAGCUUCCUCACGGCCGGCGCAGGCGGAGGCGGCUUCCUGCUGCUGAGCUGGCAGCCGGCCAGCGCCACGCCGGUGCAGACCCUGGACGCCGGCCGGCCUCUGUUCUGGGGAUGGGCGCCCGACAGCACCGGUGUGACCGUGCAUGCCGGUUCGGUGCGCACGUCCGGCCGCCGCGUAUCGUUCCUGGAGGUAGGCGCGACCGUGAUCGAGAGCGGCCUGCCGCUGCAGCCGGGAGAGUUUCAGACCCCGGCAUGGUCGCCGGACGGCUCGGGCGUGGUGCUGGCCACCAUCGCCGACGGCGGUCUGACCGACGUGGUCAUCACCCAUCCGGAGCGGCGGGACCAUCCUCCCGACGUGAUCGCCAGCGCCCGCGGCGCGGUGACCUUCCUUUGGUCGCCGGACGGCGCGUCGCUCGGCUACAUCACCCGCCGCCAGGAGGUCGAAUCGAUCGUCAGCCGGCUGCAUCUGCGCGACAACGAAGGCAGCGACCAGGCGCUGGUCCUGACGCUGCGCAUCUAUGACCGCGAGCGGCGCGCGUCGGUGGACAUCGAGACGUUCGUGCCCACGCCGCAGUUCGCGGCGGUGAUCCGCGUGUUCGACCAGUAUGGUCAGGCCGCGCGGAUCUGGUCCCCGGACAGCCGCAACAUCGUGUACUCGGCGCUCACCGAUGCCGGUCCGUACAUCAUGGUGGCGCGGGCGGCGGGCAACCUGGUGCCGCGCAAGAUGGCGCCGGGGCUGAUAGGGUUCUGGUCAUGCCGUGAGGAUUCGUCGCGACUCGAGCGCGCGCGACGACGCAGUCGGCACGCGACUGUGGUGCUCCGCUGGGGAGCCACGCGGCUGUCUUCUCCUGCUCCGUGCGCGGCGCGCAGAUGA